CCUCGUUUUGCUCUGCACGUGGGUAGCAUCGACACUGUGCGCAACGCCGGACAUAUCGGCAGCCUUUCGCACUCGCAUCAAUCAUAAUCCUGUCAGUUGCACGCUGUGCGGGCUGCCCGGCUGCUCUUGCCUGCUGCAAGACCAAACUACUGCUGUGCAAGGACCAAUAAGUGUGCGAGUCGCACGCUCGCGGGCUGCCCGAAGGACGAAACCGGAUGCACGGAGCCCUCACAACGCUCGUGGCAGCGUCCGCGGCCGCCGCCUCCGUCCGCACGCGCACCCCGAGCAAGACGUGGCGGACGCUGCGCCUCUAUCACAUCAACCCAUUACGGUUCGACGCUGAUGACAUCGCCGACAAGGACUUGGGCGACGCUGCCGGCGACGCCUUCUUCGACAUUUCCAGUAUAACGAACUACUAUGCGUGCGCGCCGGGGAGUCGGCGGGCGCCGGGCGUCGUGUGUGCCAACGCCGAGACGACUGGUCCAGACAUCGGAGUGACGGAAGUGGAAGUAGAAGUGGAAGGUGCGUUCGGUCCCUACGGCACGUGCAACAUUUGUGGCGACGAUGGACGGUCGCCACUCAACCACUCCCAGACGUGUACUCCAGGCAUGUAUGUCUGCAACUGUGAAAACGGCAAAUUUCCACCGACAACACUACCUUGUACGACACAAAUGGGCCGCGAGAACACGUCUUUAUUCCUCGGUAAGGAAGGCAUCGGCGGCUUCUGCAACGGCCGUUCCUCGUCGGUCGCGGCGUGUGCCGCAGGUUCUGCAGCGGACAAGCUGCAGGGGUUUUGGUACUCGCCGCCGAAGUCAGGCGACUGCGAAUCUGGCAAAUGCACGUGGCGCGUGAAGCGCGUCGUGAAGCGCAUACGGAGAGAUUGCCACGCGGAUCAUUUUUACUCAUCGAUCGAAUCAAAAAAUGCGAGCUGCUUCGCGCCCUGCAAAACGCGCAACUCGACGUGCUGGGUCGACUGUUUCGUGGAUACGACGCUCGGAUCCAACGCGCGGACGGCGUGCGACCCGAGUUCGGGCAUGACCGCGUCUCAAAUAGUAGAGGCCUGGACGGCGCCCUUCGAUGCCUGCCCCAGCGCAUGACAAAGUUGACCCCCCGC